GGUUUUUUUAACCCGUUUUCCUUUUAUCGUAAAAAAAAAUAUGACACCUCCUGCAAAUACGCAUUAUUAUCGCACAAAAGGAUUUAUUUAUGAUUUGGACGGUACUUUGAUUGAUACGAUUCCACUCGUUGAACGUCACUGGCACCAAUUCGCGCUCGAACACGGUCUUGAUGGCAACAAGAUUCUGGAGACAAGUCACGGCGUACGCACCAUUGAAACUAUGGCGCGAUGGACUCCCGAUAAGGCCACAGCAGAACAUGCCGACAUGUUCGAAAAAAAACUAGCAGAGGAAUCAGAAGGUGUCAGCAUCUUACCCGGUGUCUCUGCUUUACUUCAAAAGACCCCAAUUCACAAAUGGGGUAUCUGUACCGGAGGUAAUCAAUACAUGGCUCGUAAACGAUUAGAGCAGUGUCAAAUUCAUACACCCGACGCCUUUGUCUGCGGCGACAUGGUGAGCAAAGGAAAGCCGGAUCCAGAGGGAUAUAGUCGUGUGGCAAAAGAGUUAGGAUUGGAAGGAAAAGAUGUGAUUGUGUUCGAGGAUGCACCUUCUGGAGUGAAAUCAGCGCGUGCUGCUGGCGCUACUGUCAUUGCAUGUGCCACAACUCAUUCUGUAGACCAAUUAAAAGAGGCUGGUGCACAUAGUGUUGUUCAUUUCUUGACAGAUGUGGAUUUUACUAGCUUACCUGAUGGUACCUUUGAAGUCGAAGUUAAAAACGCCCUUUAGUAAAAACACAAAAUAUAUAUUUAUGUACACUUUUU